CGGCCGGGCAGGCGGAGGAAUGGGACGUCCCAUCUCUACUAUGUCUGACUUUAUGACUGUUGCACAGACUUAAAAAGGACACAGUUGAGUUUAAUCUAACACGGUGGAGCUGACUGCUGGACUGGACUCUGAACUACCCACAAGGCAGUAGUUUCCUAGUUUAUCCUCCAGCCUGCGUGUGAAGGAGAGAGGAAGCCGGUCACAUUGUCCCAAAAAAGCUCUAUAUAUGGGAUGAGAGGGAGGAAGUUGGAUUCCUCAAUAGGGCAUCCACCCAGUGGCUCAAAAAACCUGCUCUGAAGGCUGGCCGGGUUGAAACUGUUCAGAGAGAUCUUCACUUCAGAUCAGAAAUUCCUCCAGAAGACUACCUCACCUGACCUGACUGGGAGCAGCAACAAUACAGCCAUGUCUUUGCGGAUCCAUUUGCUGGCCUGCUGCUUCGGCCUUGGCUCCUGGGUGGCUGUCAAUGGCCUGUGGGUGGAGCUCCCCCUCAUCGUUAACACUCUCCCCGAGGGCUGGGAACUACCAUCUUACCUGACCGUUAUCAUCCAGCUCGCCAACCUGGGGCCUCUGCUGGUCACUCUCAUGCACAAGCUGUGUCCGGGCCGUCUGAAGGAGAGAGCUGCCAUCUACUGUGUGUUGUCCAUAGGUGUCCUGGCCUGUAUACUUCUGGCGUUCUCCUGGGAUGAGACCACAGUGGUGGCGGCUGCAUCUCGGAGCACAGCCUUCUUUAUCCUCACCUUCUUCCUGGCCUUGGUGGACUGCACCUCCUCUGUCACCUUCCUGCCCUUCAUGAUGCAGCUACCAGCCCACUACAUCACCACCUACUUCAUUGGAGAAGGCCUGAGUGGCUUUAUCCCUGGUCUGGUGGCUCUCGGCCAGGGCGUCGGCAUGGCCAAGUGUGUGAAUGCCACUCAGUCCUCUGGUAACCUCACUGAAGAGGAUAUGUACAUUGUCCAGACCCAGUUUCUACCGCCCAACUUCUCCACCGAGGUGUUUUUCUUCUUCCUGGCGGCCAUGAUGUGCAUCAGCCUGGCAGCAUUCUCUGCACUAAACAGGCUCCCACGUACCUUUGAACUGUCCACGGAGAACUUGGUUCCAGACACUGACACAGUGGCGUCAGUCUGCUCCGGACUAGACAACCAUGGAGCAGUGACUGAAGGGGAGAACUCAAACCCAAAAUGCCACAGUGAGGAAUCAGGUCAGGCCAGACCACAGCUGGCUAAAUCAGGCCACUCUGUUUUUCAGUUAACUUUUAUCUAUUUCAUGGUGGUCUGGGUGAAUGGGGCGACUAACGGCCUCUUGACCUCGGUGCAGACAUACUCCUGUAUGCCCUACGGUAACCUGGCAUAUCACCUGUCGGCUGCUCUGGCAUCCUGUGCCAAUCCAGUGGCCUGUAUAGUCGCCAUGUUUUUUCCUAAAAGGUCACUAGUGCUCCUGGGUGUACUGUGUCUCAUUGGAUCAGUCUUUGGAGGAUACAACAUGGCAAUGGCCACCAUGAGUCCAUGUCCACUACUACAAGGCUCCGCACUAGGAGAAGCCAUCAUAGUGCUGUCGUGGGUCUUCUUCACAGGGAUACUGUCUUAUGUCAAGGUGAUGGUGGGUGUCAUCUUCAGAGAUGAGAGCCACAGCGCCCUGGUGUGGUGUGGAGCAGCGGCACAGACAGGCUCUCUGCUGGGCUCUGCCAUCAUGUUCCCACUGGUAAAUGUCUACAACCUGUUUCAGUCAGGAGACUUCUGUAACACCAAGUGCCCUUUAUGAUGGUGACCUAUUCCUAAAACACUAACAUAACCACGGGUAAGUAGCCUUGUCCAAGCUAGAAUGGCCCAUCUCAUAGAACACUCCCAGGAAAGGACACUAGUACCUGCUAGUACUUAUACCAACUGGGGUGGUGUGUGAAUAAUGUGGGGAAUGAACAAUGACUGGACAAGAUUAGAGAUUGGACUCUGAACACGCCUUCAAGGGCACUCUCUUCUGAGAGAGAAAUCCACCUGGAUCAAUGGACUAAAAUAUAACAUUUCAAAAUGUUGCUCAAUUAAUAUUUGAAAAUGUUUUAUAAAGUGUGAUUCACAA